CCUCCCAACUGCAGCAGCACAAGUUUGCGAGGCUGUGGAAAGUGUGGUCCUGUGGCCGAACACCGUGUCAAUCGCUAGGUGUGUGUUUGGCUUCGUUCACCAGUCUGCCAUUCCACCAGUGUGUAGUAUCAGUGCUAGAAUUGCCUCCCAACAACACAGUGAACCGAUCCAAGCUCCAGGCUGCAGGCUCGCCGAGCAGAGGCUGCAGAAAAUUUUCCGGUGAAGGGAGUGUCCGGUUCUGAUUCAGCAGUGAAACUCCGACUAUUCCGGCUCGCGACUGCAAGCUGCCAAGAAACUGUCCAAAAGAUGUAAACAAUAGGCCACGCAUGGUCGACGCAAAUCUACCAGCCAUGCUGGUAACCGGUGACACAAUGGAUCAUAAAUUGAGCUUCCAGUGAGAAGAAAAGCAACUCUGACGAACAGCCGGUGGAGGCUGCGGUACAAGACAAGACACGCUGCGAUAAAAGUUGCUAACAUCAAACCCGCACAUACCCACCCGCCCAAACCACCCCCAGCCCGGUGGGAAGGCGCAAGAAAAAACCGCGGGGAAACGUUAUCUCUCGACUAGAUAGUGUGUGCUUCUUCCUCAUUUAUUUUGUUGUUGUUGUUUGCGUGCCGGGUAAGUGCUUCACAAGAGGCGGGAACCGACGACGCACCAAAACGGAACCGAACGGCGGCCACCACAACGCAGACGACUGAGGUGUAGUGAUUUAUUCCAACCAAGAAUCGUAAUACCCAGCAACAGUAUGGAGAAAUCCGCCGCUGCCCAUCCGGCGUCGGCCGCCGGGCCUAAGGUGUCGCAGAUAGCGAACCUUUUCCAGCGCAAACCGGUCGAGCACGCGCACGCCGAUCCUCCUAGUGGUCGUGGCGAGGGAGGCCCGACACCAUCGGUCGCCGCUACCGGCGCAACACACUCCCCCACGGCUACGGUGGUGCGAACGGAAUCGCACGCCGCCCGCUUCAACAACGCACGCGCCCUGUUCGAGAAGUUGGGCGAGGGUCGCGUCAAUCGACCGCCCCCUUUCAGUAUUAAGAUGUCACAUUCCAGCAGCAAGGAGGACAAUCUGUCCGACAUUGGCUCCGGGCCGGACCGAUCGCCGUCGCCAAAGCGAAAGCAAAUGCAACCGUCGGCGGCGGCGGCGGCAAUCAGCAACGGCAUCGGCAAGCUCGACUCGAACCGCAUCCUCAACCAGUCGCGGCUGAAGUCGGAGAAGCCAGAAAAGCCCGAAAAGCCGGAGCGGAAGUUCAACUCGCGCGAACUGAUCGAGAAGCAGAAGAACUGGACGUCACACUUUUCGAAGACGCGCACGGCGAAGGGGGCCGGCGGUGGCGAUUUUACUCGGUGCGAUAUUAUACGCACGGUGCCGGGAACGGGUAUAAUAGCCGGGGCCGGGUCGACCCCCGUUGCCCCGUCGACGGUGACCACGAACGGGAAUUACUCGGUCUCGGUCAUACCGAACGGGGGCUCCAAAGAGUCACCCUAUGGCGGUCACCCAGCGCCCGUCGCUAGCAGUCACCAUCGGUUACCGUCUCCUAGCGAACCCCCGCCGAGUCCACCGAAACGGCAGACACCGCCACCGCCACCACCGGAGAAGGGUCCCCGGACCAGUGCCAACCUGCGACAGAAUUCAUUCCCUAGCCCCACCAAAACCCCUCCGGCCGUGCCACCGCACGCCACCGAUCCGGGCUCGCUGAGCCCCACGAAGAUCAGCCCGGAGAAGUUAAAACCACCGCCGAGACAGGCGGAACCUCCGCCAACUUCAACGACACCGGUGGCACCGGCUCCGACGCCCACGCACGCCAACUUACCCCCGGUUGCUCCGGUGCGAAGUAGCACCACCGUGCUGACGACGGUCUCCCAUCAUCCGCAGCAGCAGCAACAACAAACGCCAUCGCACCCGGGAGCACCCGAGCACCCUCACCAACCACCGGAGAAAGCGGCACGUAAGAAGUCCCUCGAGGGCAACCUGGACAGCAGCGAACGGACGGUGGCGAACGGGCCGACGGUCGUAACGCAAACCUCCCAAGCCUUCAAGUAUCCCGAGCUCGGUGCCCUCGCCCGACGCCAAUCCUCCGAGAAGGACACCGGCUCCGGUGGGCUUACCUCACCGGCGCAUGCCAUCAGCUCGUCUCCGAGCCCGGGUGCAAGCGCCUCGUCCGGACCCUCGUCACCGAUUCACACCGAGGACGAGAAGCAGGAGAACGAAUCGACGGAGAAGCUGUUGGUCAAGGCGGGCAGCAGCGAGCGGGACGAGCCGCGGCCAGCAGAACAUACGCCAUCACCGGCAGCAAACGAAACACAGGCGGAGGUAGAGGAACUAAACGGUAAAUCCUCACGAACAGACGAUGAACAUUCCGGUGAGCACGAGCAGCAGGGUGGCAACGUCACGCGGCGUACGAAGAAGUCCAGCAUCUGCUUCGAGGUCCCGGCCGCCGGACUGGGCAACCGUCCACCGAGCAUCAUCAGCAGCUCGACCACCACCGACGAGGGUGGCUUCAACGAACCGUCGCCGGAGAUCAAAGCCAAGCUGAAGCCGGCCUACGAGUUCGAUCUUCCGCUGCCCGCCUCACCGCCCCGGAAGCUUCCGCUCGGCGAGGACCGUUCGCCGGUGGGCAGUCCGGCGGAGGCGAAGCUGACGUACGCCGACCUGGGCUACCGGGUGCGUCCCGACGGUACGGAGUGUGACGAGAUCUACGGCGAGGUGGACGUGUAUCGAAGUGCCAACGCGAACAGUAUUAAUUUACAGCAGCAGAGUCAGCCGACAGAUCUUGCUCGAUCUCAGUAUACGGGUGUGGUGGAGGGAGCGAGUAAUGGCGGAGCGAUCGUUAAUGGACGGGGUCCACCCGCCAUGGCCGGACCACAGACCGUCGAUCGCGUGUUGUACGCGUCCAUUCUGCCAUCGUCCAUUGGCGUCGGUGAUAAUGGGUCGUCGACGACGACGACGACGGGCACCGAUAGCGAGCUGGCGUUUAUGGACGGCGAAAAGGACGAGGCGAAGAUACUGGACUUUGACGAGCUGAGCGAAAUGGGCGAGAAGGGUGGCUACCACAGCCCGCAGACGCUGCUCGACCCGACCCGUCCCACGUUGACGCAGAGCGAGGAUGACUACAGCACCAAAACGCUGCCCGAGCCACCCUCGCUGGCCUCGAUGCGUCCGCCACCGAUCCCCGAGGGGCCCCCGUUGGACCUGCAGGACUCGCUGCAGUAUGCGGACGCGAGCGACAACGAACCGGACAGCUUGCUACCGGAUGCGAUGACGGCGGACGAAGCGGAGCGGCUACUAAGCUCCAGAAUAUUGGAGUACAAGAUCAGACAACGUCCGCUUUUAUCCGACGAGCAAGCGCGCGAGGUCGAGCAAAUCCUACUCAACAAUCAAGCCAAAGUAGAAACGGAACAUCCGGUACGGGUAGCGGUUCCCAGGCAGACGGCUGUCCCUUCGGCAGCAGUUUCCACUCAGCCAAAGCAGUCACAGCAGCAACAGCAGCAUACUCCUCCUCCGCUGCCACCACCAAAGCAGCAAUCCACAGUAGCUUCAAAGGCGACGGCCGACGAACCGGACUGGUUGCGGGACGUGCUGGAGGCACCGAAAAAUGCCACUACUGCGGCGUCGUCGUCGACCGUACGCGAUAAGCCUCCGCCACCGCCUCCACCGAGCACCGCGAGCCGGAACAAUUCUACCACUAGUCAGCCCGAGGACACGAGCAUCGGCAACAACACGACGUGCGAUCUGCUCAACCAAACCAUCCUGCUCGAUUCGUCGUCCAUCCUGGCUGACUCAUACGUCGAUACGGGCGAUUCGAUACCGAGCGUCACCACGACCACCACCACCACCUCGGACAGCAUUAACCUGAGCAAGCUGGAGGAUGAGCAGCCUACCGGUGCCGUUGCUGAAGAGGAAGAGGACGAUGAGAAAGACACAUCGAGCAGCCGGCGAGGGGCUGCCCCCGGUGGGGAGGGCGGUGAAGCGGAUGUGUCGGCGGAUGACGAGUCGAACAACUCGGCCGGCGGUGGUGGGUUCUACAUUCCCGAGUACCCGCCGGUGCGCUGCAAGGAGGUGUACGUCAACCCGGACGGGGUGCACUUUUUCGAGGACGGGAACUUCUGGAUGGAAGUGCCGGGGCUGAUGGAUGCCGACCGGGAUCACUUCGAUGACGACGAUUUGCGCGGGUACGUGAAGAAGAACACAAAGGUGAAGUUCAGCACCAAUCCGAUGCAGGUGUUCUCGACGUUCUCGGUGAACGAUUACGAUCGGCGCAACGAGGACGUGGAUCCGGUGGCGGCUUCGGCCGAGUAUGAGCUGGAGAAGCGGGUCGAGAAGAUGGACGUCUUCCCGGUGGAACUGAUGAAGGGACCUGAGGGGUUGGGGUUGAGCAUUAUUGGAAUGGGUGUUGGCGCAGACGCUGGUUUGGAAAAGUUGGGCAUUUUCGUAAAAACCAUAACCGAUAAUGGAGCCGCCGCACGUGAUGGUAGAAUACAGGUUAAUGAUCAGAUCAUCGAAGUCGACGGUAAAAGUCUAGUCGGUGUAACGCAGGCGUACGCGGCAUCCGUCCUGCGCAACACAUCCGGUCUGGUACGGUUCCAGAUCGGUCGUGAGCGGGAUCCUGAAAACUCGGAGGUUGCUCAGCUGAUCCGCCAGAGCCUUCAGGCCGACCGAGAGAAGGAGGAACGCGUCAAGCGACAGCUGGAGGAUUACAUUCGCCGGAACACGGAAAUCUCCGAGGAUAGUACACUACCGGUGUCGGCCAACUCGAGCGUCUCCGAGGGGCCGGUCAGUCCGACGACGAACGCGGCCGAAUCACUGUUCGAAACGGAGGCCGCCCGAAGCAGUGAUGUGGAAUCGCUGCGUCGUAUCCUGCAGGAGAACCUUAAAACCAUUGCACUGCAUGAGGGCGACAUUCUGAACCUGAAGCAACAGCUCAUUAAAUACCAGCAGACCUGCAACGAGGCGGAGCUGCUGAACGAGCGCAUGAAGCAAACGGAGCGGGAGCUGGCCAACAUCAAGAAAGAGGCUAACAAUUAUCAGAACAUGCUGCAACAGUCGCAGGCCCAGUACCUGGUGCUGGAGAAAAAGUACAGCCGUGUGAAGAAGAUACUGCGUGACUUUCAGCAUCGGGAGAAAGAUAUGAUCCAGUUCCAGGAGUAUUAUGUGCAGCACCUGCAAGAAAAAGACACCGAGUACAACGCGCUGGUGAAAAAGUUGAAGGAUCGUGUUAUAAGCCUCGAGCAGGAGUUGCAGGAAACCCAACGUAAAGCCGGUUUUCCGGUUAUCCUACCGUACGACAGCACUAGCCUCAAGCUGACACCUCAGAUGAGCCGCCGCCAGCCACCGAAGCCUGUCUUCCAGAAGCUGGAGACCGACUUUUCGGACACCGAAUUCAGCGAUCUCUCGCCCGACGGUGAGGGAGAGGACGGUAAGACGGCGACCGUCGAGCGCAAGAUACCGCCCGCGAAGGACGACGAUCUGGAUGUGGCUGUGCCGCAGCACGAGUUACUAGACAAUUCGCUCAACAAGGGCAAGAGUGACCUGGUGGCACGUGGUGGGCUGGCGAAGCGAAACUUACCAGGAAAGCGAAGCCACAGCAAUAGCGGAUCGGAUUGCGCGCUGGACGAGAGCGAAGAGGAGGAGGAUGGCAUGACAAAUACUGGCACUACCGGUGGAUCGCACGAGUACAGUGGGCUGUACAGUACACCUCAGAUCGUUAAUCGGAAGGUGGCAACACUGAAGGGUGAUGAUAUGGCGCCCCCGGUGUACGCGCAGGUGAACAAGGAUCGGAGUUCCGUUGGCCAUGCCACAGGGGGACCAGUCGAGCAGCUGCAGCACACGACAAUUCCGAACAUCUACCGAAACGCCGCCGGGUCGGACAAUGGGAAGCUCAACUCGAGCUACGGCUCCGACCUGAACGCCUCAUCGUACGACAGUGAUCUCGGUUCAUCGACCGACAAGCUGAAGGACAGUGGACUGUCGAGCGAUAGCUGGAUGUAUCCGAGCCGACGACCGAAAGGCCUAAAGGGCAUAACACCACCGUUGCUGGCCGAGCAGCUGAAGGAGCGGCUGGCGGAGCGCGAAGGUGGUCGACGUGGUUCCGGUGCGGCCGGUGGUCUCGUCGACGAUGGUUCGUCUCGUGACUCGAGCGACGACUACUCGGAAAUCAACCAACAGCAGCAGCAUCUGCUACAGCAGCAGCGCCACAUGAGUCCGGCGGCCUCACUUUCACAGAGCCUGCUGGUGGAAAUCAAGAAGGCCGUCAAUGAAGCGCAACCGAAAGUGAAAAACAUACUUCCACAAAAUUUAUCUCCUCCAGGCGGAAACGGCCCUUGGCAGCAGCAACAGCAGCAGCAGCAAGGACACGCAAGUGGUCCGGCGGCAGGAUCGCAGGGUCCCCCUUCGCCAUCGAGCGCCUCCAGUGGGUCCACGUCCCCCGGUGCUUACUCUCCGAGCCGUACUCUCGAUCUUUCCGGCUCGACGUCGAGCUUUUCCAGCGAUCGUAUCCGCGAAACACACCAGUGGAAGAAUGGUCCCGUCGAGGAGUGGUCUAAUGAACAGGUGUGCCAAUGGUUGCUGGGAAUCGGGUUGGAUCACCAUAUACCGGCCUUCAUGCAGCACGCGGUCGAAGGUGGUGCGCUGCUGCAGCUCGACAAGCCCGACUUUAAGAUCCUCAACGUGGGUGGGGACGAUAAGAAGCUGCUAAAGCGCAACAUCAAGGAGUUGCGCAGGUUGAACGAGAAGGAGCGCAAGCAGAACGAAAAAGAACGUCGCGAGCGUGAGAAACUGUUCAAGAAGGCGGAGAAGAAGGCCGAAAAGGAACAGAAAAAACGCCUACAGAAGUAGUAGUAGCAAGGAGAUUCACACUCCUCGGGCCAGACUGGACCGUGUUUGAUAUUGCAUUUAUGUGACGAAAGUUAGUGAAGCUCGGUUGAGAAUGGUAUUCAGAGGGGGAAAGAAAUAGUACCUUAACGAACAAACGAAAGCGAUCGUGCCUGCGAUUGCCGAAGAACCGAAACGAUCGAGAAGCCAGGAAGAAUCACGAUCACAAAUGCGAUAUUGUGUGACGAACGCUUGAAAAAUAGACAACAAAAGGAAAUUGGUGGUGUGUGUGUGUGUGUGACAUGUAUGUACGUGUUUAUGUAAUUGUUAGGGACGAGUCUGAACGAGCGUGUAUGCAAGAGGACACUACAAAGCGUACUAGUGGUAAGGAUCGCCAGGAUAUAAACAUAAGUUUUAAUCAAUCAAUCAAGCCUUCUCUUCUCGUUCGUUUCUUUCCUGAUAAUUAAGGGAAACUGAAGAAUACCUAAAAUUAAAACUAAAAUAGUUUCUAAACUUUUUUUUUCCUACGAUAAUUCGCAUUAGGACCAUGUUUAGGUUUGCAACAGGAGAAUAUUUCCUUUAGUGUUUUCUACCGGUAUGGAGUGAGCAUUUGUUUUUUUUUUUGCUAUAGAAACAAUUAUUUAAGCUGUCGUUGUAAACCUCAUUUGUUUGUUCUCUUUCCUCUUUCUUUGUGUGUGUUGGCUAUAAUUUAUUUAUUUAAAUAAUUAACCUGAAGUCACGCCUGCGGUCAUCGCAAUAAGUAUGUAAGUUAUGAAAGUGAUGCAAACCACCCCCAAGGUGGCAAAUCUGUACGAUGUGUGGUGUACGUGGAGAGACGUAUGCCGAAAUGAAGGUAGCUAUUAUAAACAUAUAAAGUAAACCAUAAACAACAAUUGACGGACUGGUAGGCGCUUUUUUGUGCAAAAUUGAACGAACCUUUUUCGCAAUUCCUGUUUUUUUACGACGGAUGUUUUCCAGGCACGGAAAGCAGAAAUUUAAACUAUAGUUGAGGUAGUAUUUGCGUAAAUCACAAAUGAUUAUUUCUAAGGUGAACGAUAGGAGCUGGAUCGUCAAGCGAUCACAAGAUAGAAAACCCCAAGUUAAGUAAACACAACACACACACAUACACAGAAGUGGUCUAAGUGUCAUAAGGAUCUAGUAAGCGAAAGACGACAGCGUACGACUGUAAAGGCUUCGAAUUAUUGGUGCCCGUAACCAUAACUACGAUACUGCUUAAGGUACUAGACAUUGUACAAGACAGAGAAAGAGAGAAAGAGAGAUGAUCGAAGAAAAAACCCAACAAACAUACACAUACUGAUCAAACCAAACUGUUCACUUUCAUUAGAAUCCGUUACCUGGGAAAUGGCCCGCGCAGCAUUGUAGAAAACUAGAAUAGUUAAACGGUAAGCGAAAGUGAACAAAAGCAAGUCUACGGUAAAAAAAAAACGAAGCUGAUAGAUGGCGGAAAUUAUGUAUCAAUGAAAAAUCAAUAGCGCUGGAACAGACACCCUAAAGUUGAUGGAUGACUCAACUGUGGAUGCUACGUAUAGUGAGAAAACCACGUAAUAAAUCAAACAAUC